AUGUCUCUUUUGUAUGUUGCUGUGCUGCCUCGUUCACCAGGACUGCCUCCAGGAGGCGCUGCUGGCAAGCAGCAUGCCACCCUCGCCCUCUUCGAGUCCGUCAUAACCUCGUACCCGCCCGUCCUCGAAUCCCUCCUCGCCCAGAUCUCCACCCCCGCCCUCCUCCAGCUCUACCACACGUCACCCUACUUGCGCGACUUUCUACGCAACUAUCCGCUCGCAUGGAAGACGCUCUCCUUCCGGCUGCCCCAGCCCGCUGUCACCAACGUGGGCUCACCGGGCAACGAGACGCCCGAUAACAGGGAGCGCCAAUCCAAGGCAUACUCGUUCGACGCCCUCUUGAAGCAGAUCAUAGCGCCAAAUGGAACUCGCCUGACCAGUCUGGAUCUCUGCAACACCGCUGUGACCGGCAUAGCCCUUGUGGGGAGCGUGCUCGCACCGCGCAUCGAUACCCUCCAGCAUCUGUCCGUACGGGGCUGCAAGAACGUCUCCAUCAAAUACCACAUUGUGCCGUUUCUCGAGCCCUAUACCCUAAAGGACGCGCCAUGGAUGCAGAGGGACCUCGCUCUCAAGAGCCUCUACACGUAUCGCUGUCGACAUCACCGCCGACGACCCUACCUUCCGUCUUCGCUCAUACGGCGAGAUUCCGACUCCGACCCCACUCACCAGCUCAUCGAGAUCUGUCACCAGCUGGGAAUAUGGACGGAUACGGCAUGGUGCCCAAGUCCGGGAGGCAGGUGUUAUCGAAGAAAGGACUACCAUGCUGGAAGAGCAGGUCCGCAGAGCAUGGAGGUCUGGGUACCCUUCGACCGGUUAUGGAGAUCAAGCAAUCGCAUAGGACCCAUGGAAGGCACACGGAAACUAGGCCCCCACGAUGGCAGACUGUGGGAGAUUUCCGAGACUGGAGAAGACGGCGAGCCGCUUGGUGCCGAGAAUGGAGAAUACGCUGGAGAGGGCAAGCAUGUCCCAGCCCAUCUCAGGACAAGUCACACAACCUUCAUAGACGAAGUCAAGUGUGCGCAGUGCAACGAUGUCAUUUUGGAGCGCUGCGAGUCUUGCAGUGUCCGCAUGCACUGUAUGGGAUGCCGGAAGACGCUGUGUGCGAGCUGUGCAUUCAAUCGCCCAAUACCGAGGAAACGAGUCAAGACACGGCAUUUCGCAAAUCUAGCAUUCGGAAACAGCACCACACUGGGCAGUACACUUGGACAGGCGGCUGGGUCAGCUUCGUCAUUGGAGGACCGGAGUCGACAAGAAACAGUGGAGCGGAAUCGCUUCUGGUGGGCCCCAGGGUCAACACGAUCACCCAAUCUCAUGAACGAGACUGCCCAUGACGACGACUCAUCCGACUCAGAAGACGGUGGGAAUUUCAACAACGGCAUGCCUGUACCACCAGCAAAUCGAGAGCCACCAAGAUUGAACAUGCAUUGGUGUUGCCUGGAACCCAUCUUCUCUGGUGGCGGUGGUAUAGCGGUGUUAGGCAACGGGUUAGGCGGCAGAGGUGCGGAUAAGAUACGAGCAGCGCCUCUACCACGAACGAAGCACUUCGAGGACCCUGACUUCUCCAAUCAGCUUCGACCAGUUGAUUAUAUUCGGGAACUGAAGACUAACGGCCUUUAUGAAUACGUUCUUGGCGAAGACGUCGAUAUGCUGUCGUACCUAAAGCAAGAUACCCUUGACUUACAACAGCAGACAUGUCCGCGAGGGUUAUGUCAGGACUGCCAUCGGAGUUUUAGAUGGAAGGUAACUUGCCGAGCUUGCAAGAACCCGAUUUGCAAAGAACAUGACUUCAGAGCGUUGAAGGUUCGCAAAUGUGGAUACCGAGAUAUGCAUACUGAGCGAGAACAUGUUCGGUCACACAAUGAGCCUCCUCAGCGUCUAGUCAUUCCAGACUUCAAUCCUAACAGGACGAGUACACCAGACCCGGAGCGAACACCUACCGCAUCAUCACACAACGAUCUUUACUCAACUGCUGAUAAUGAAUCUGAAUCUUCCGAGACACCCAUGUCACAGUCACAGAUUCUUGUCGCCCCAGCUACUCUUGCGUCCGUUGAGAUGUCCGCGACCACAUCAUUCAACUCUACCUCAACCUCAACCUCUGAUCCAUUCUCGCUAGCCGCCUCCCUAUCCUUCGUCCCCGUCAGCUCAUCUCGGCCUCGUUCAUUCAGCGUGUCCGGUGUCCGCAGUCGCAAUUCGGGUUCCUGGCCAAACUCGCCUCGUGCACCGCCAACUUCAAUAACGAACCCUCCCCCGCUGCCGUGUAACCCACGGCAUCCUGUUCAAUGGGAGGGUUGCGGAGCGUAUUUCUGCCAGUAUCCGCGCCCGGGGGGAGACAACAGGCCGCAGUGCCCCGGAAUACUUAAGGAGUGCUCCGAGUGUGCUGUACUGGUUUGUGAUCAAUGCGCCGCAUUGAACCCAGCAUGCACAUGCACUUUCUGCACGGUAAACUACCACUGUCCCACAUGCGCCCGAAAAUCCAACGUACGCGCAAAGUGCCGCCUCGAAACUGAGACAAAGGCAAAGAAAGAAGCAGAGCUCCGUGCCCUGGCCAAGCUUGAAAAGGAUAGAGAAGAGCGAGGACAGGCAGAUGAGUUGGCCGGGGCGAUGCAUGAAUUCUUUGCCGGGGUCGAACCACCGAUUCCUGGUCCGGAUUCGAUCACCGUGACGACUGAAUUUGGGGUAAUGGAGGAGCCGGCAAACGUAACAGCUGUCAGCGCGGCUGGCCCAUCGCCUUUGCAUCACGUUAGCAUCCAUUUGGACGAUGAAGAGAACAACGUGGAGAUGACGGAAGAUUUACACGAGGAUCUGCAGACAUUACAACAGAACCUAGCGCACAUGCAGCUUCCGGCGCACACGUUUGAGAUGAUGAUACCCUUGAUAACGGAAGCGGAGUUGCAUGUGGGGCAUGUGCAGGACGGGGACGAUGUCAAUGACACUGGAGAAGAGGCGGAUAUGGAUAUGGACGACUUCGACACGGAUGCCGAGAGUGCUUUUAUUGAGGAGUUCAUGGAUGCAGAAGGACAAGCGGAUGGAGGGGUGCUCACGCCAACCAUGACACAUACCGCGUAA